CGGAGCAAACCAGUGGGCGGGUCCUCCCCGAAGUGGCCAGAACCUGUGCUAUUGGUGCGGGCCGGCGAUUCCCACGUGGUGCGGUGACUCGCGGUUGCAGGCUCCGGUCCUCUCUAACUUCUCCGGCCUGUGUGCCCGCUGCCUGCAGAGAUGCCGAAGAUCAAGUCAGGGGCGAGCGGCCGGUGCCGCGAACGGCAACAACAACGCCGGGAGCUGAAGAGCGGAGGAGGACUCACGUUCAACACGGGGAUUGGGCAGCACGUUUUGAAAAAUCCUCUCAUUGUUAACAGCAUUAUCGAUAAGGCUGCCUUAAGACCAACUGAUGUGGUGCUGGAAGUUGGACCUGGAACUGGCAAUAUGACUGUAAAGUUGCUAGAAAAGGCAAAAAAGGUAAUCGCCUGUGAACUUGACCUAAGGCUAGUAGCUGAACUUCACAAAAGAGUUCAGGGCACGCCUCUGGCCAGCAAACUUCAAGUAAUGGUGGGUGAUGUGUUGAAAACAGAUUUGCCAUUUUUUGAUGCUUGUGUGGCAAAUUUGCCUUAUCAGAUCUCUUCUCCUUUUGUCUUCAAGCUGUUGCUGCACCGACCUUUUUUCAGAUGUGCUGUACUUAUGUUUCAAAGAGAAUUUGCUCUCCGACUGGUUGCAAAACCUGGAGAUAAGUUAUACUGCAGACUGUCAAUUAAUACACAGCUAUUAGCACGUGUGGACCAUCUAAUGAAAGUUGGAAAGAAUAACUUCAGACCACCACCCAAGGUGGAAUCCAGUGUCGUAAGGAUAGAACCUAAGAAUCCACCACCACCUAUCAAUUUUCAGGAAUGGGAUGGCCUAGUAAGGAUCACCUUUGUUAGGAAAAACAAGACACUGUCUGCUGCAUUUAAGUCAAGUGCAGUGCAACAGCUACUGGAAAAAAACUACAGAAUUCACUGUUCGGUCCAUAAUAUUGUAAUACCAGAAGAUUUCAGCAUAGCAGAUAAAAUACAGCAAAUCCUAACCAGCACAGGUUUUAGUGACAAGCGGGCCCGUUCCAUGGACAUAGAUGAUUUCAUUAGAUUGCUACAUGGAUUCAAUGCAGAAGGUAUCCAUUUUUCUUAGAUAUCUGCAGAAGAGAAGUUUCCAAACUCAACAAAGUGGAAUUAUAUAUUCUUAAUAAUUUGAGAAGAUGAACUAUGCUUGGACACUAUGUGCUUGACUAUUUUUGAUUUACUACUGUUGUCACCGUUUAUUACUCUGAAUUUUUAAGGAAGGAAGUCAAUUCUAACUAUACAGGUUUUUUUUUUUUUUUGGUUUUGGUUUGAUUUUAAUAUGUAACAUAGGGCAGGGUCCAAUUUAUACAUGAUACUCUUCAAGUUUAAGAGCCGCAGACACGCACAACUUUACACUUAAAAGUUAUUUCUAACAGUGUAUUAUAUAAAGAUAUUACACUAAUAUUUCCUAUGUUAUAUAUUACUGUGAGAACCUUUUUUUAGGAUUUUAGCUCUUUAGGCCUUUGUUCUUCAAGUCAUAAGAAAGUUAAAAUAUGCUUAAUUUAGUCACAUAUUCCCCAUACCAUUUCUUCUUGUUAUUCAUGUGUACAGUAAAGCAAUUGUUUCCUUGUUUCCUAAAAUGUUAUUUUGCUUCUCUCAUUCUUUCUCUGUUUAUCGUAU